AUGUUUCUUGAUUCUUCAGCUGUUAGAAGAGAGCAACAACCUGCUAAAAGCAGAGGUACAUGCAGAGGCAGAAGCAAUGGGAGAGGCACUGGGAGAGGUACUGACAGAAGAACUGGUAAAGGCACUGGUAGAGGUACUGGCACUGCCAGUGAAAUUGGAAAAGGCAGUGUUUUCAACAUUGGAGAUGUAUCAAGUCAGCAACCUGAUCAACCAACGGCUGUGGAAGCUUCAAUAUCAACAGGAAGACAAAAAAGGACCAAUACUAUAGGAUUUGGCAUCUAUACAAAUGCAAGUGGUAGUCAAACCUUUAAUCCUGGUACUUCAGCAGAAAAAGUUAUCAAUUCGAGAGUUUAUAAGGAUGCAACUCCAACAAAUAUUGAUAUUGGUUAUAAGCCUCGAGGACUCAAGUGGAAUCGUGGAGAUGUUGUCACUGGUUCACAGUUGCAACGUAUCACUCAGUCAAGGAAAAACAAGCGUGGAACAUCUAGUGCACCAAAAAAUGCCUAA